AGGUGAUCCAAAAGCAAGGGCACUCAGAGAAUAAAUGCAGCGUUCUCGAACGGAAGAGCAAGUGGAUGUCCAGUUUUCGCAAAUGGACGUACGCUUGAGAAACCAGGUACGCGCUCGGGCUGAAGAGGCCGAACGCAUGUUGCAGCAUGGCGGUAAACGUAAUGAUCGAGCUUCUCCAUUUGUGGAUGAGUUUGAAGUUGCUGCUGAUCUGAUGGGACUUGUCAUUGGUACCCACAGAUCAAACAUAAAGAGAGCCAGAAAAGUUGAAGAUGUGGACGACAUUCAAGUAUUUGAAGGUGGCGGCGACGGGCAUCCAUGCAUCAUAAAAAUUUUUGCGAAGACAGCAGCUGCUGCUCAAAAAGCGCGAGCACAGCUUGACUUUGGUGUCGAAUGUGUGCACGUGCCGAGAUUUCUCGUAGGAAAAUUGAUCGGAAAGAAUGGAAAAUACAUCCAGGAAAUAGUAGAUAAAUCCGGUGUGGUGCGAGUUCAGAUUCCAGGAAAGGACGAUGACACUAUGGAUUCGGUACCCUUCACUUUCACUGGAACCAGAGAGUCAACAUCGAUGGCCUCAUUCUUGGUAGACUUCCAAAUCAAUCAUCUCAAGGAAACCGAAGGAUUACGCAGCAAUAUCGAAGAUAUGAUGCGGCAGGCCUACGGCAAUAGCACUUAUCAACGCAAUGGCUAUGGUGACAGGCGCGGAGGACGCCGCGGACGUGGUCGAGGUGGCUAUUGCAACUGUAGUCAAAAUGGUGGCUCUGCCAAUGGAAGUUUAAGCAGCGUAGGAAAACCUUGGAGAGGUGAUGGCGCCCUAGUGAUGAGGAAUGGUCUGGAACAGAAGAAGCAAAACAUAGGGAUGAUCAAACAGAAUCAGGAACGUCGUCAAGGGCGACAGCGCGGUGGAGGCAGUGGCUGUAGUAGAGAAAGAGGAAGUGCCGGACGAAGGCGCGUACGCGCUGGAUUCAACGGGAAUGGGGCUUAGCCGAGCGCGGGUACUUCUACGAAUAAUGACACCGACAUGAUGUAUUCAUUUUCCACUAUUUCGUAAGGCUGAUAUUGUCAACCUCCAUUUCAACCGCGCUAAGAUCCAUUCGUGUGUUCUCGAUGUCUGUCACCAAAGCUAAUCUAUGUCUUCUCUGUCUAUCUCCAAUACGUAUAAACUCGUCACACA